AUGACUUCGCAGCAGCCUCUCCCCACAGAUGACUUCAGUAUCUACUAUGUCCUCGCAGACUGCACAGAUCACUGUGAUACCUUUCCAGUUAAGGAGGCUGAUGAGAACCAGCCCCAUUUCCAGGGCGUGACUGGCCUGCGGAACUUGGGCAACACAUGCUACAUGAAUGCCAUCUUACAGUGUCUCUGCAGCAUCUCACCGUUGAGGGACUACUUUCUCUCUGGAAAGUACAUCACUGCUCUUCAAAAGAACUGCAGUGAGGUCGCCACUGCUUUUGCCUAUGUGAUGACAGACAUGUGGCUUGGAGACUCAGACUGUGUCUCACCAGAAAUAUUUCGGUCAGCUCUUGGCAACCUCUACCCAGCAUUUACGAAGAAGACACAGCAAGAUGCUCAGGAAUUCUUGAUUUAUGUCCUGAACGAACUUCAUGAAUCUCUGAAAAAGUACCGCCAAAGAAGAUCACAUGAGAAAACAUCUAUUCCAAGAUGCUGCAGGAAGGUGACUGCCAAUGAGUCCUCCAUCAUCACCCGGCUGUUUGAAGGGCAGCUCAGUUACAGCAUCCUGUGUUUGAAGUGUGAGAACCGCACCUACAAGAACGAAGUCUUCACUAUCCUCUCCCUCCCCAUUCCAUCCGAAUACGAGUGCUCUCUUCAGGACUGUCUCCAGUGUUUUUUCCAACAAGACACACUGACGUGGAACAACCAAAUUCACUGUUCCUUUUGUGAAACCAAGCAAGAAACAGCUGUGAGGGCCAGUAUUUCCAAAGCACCAAAAAUAAUGAUCUUUCACUUAAAAAGGUUUGACAUUUGGGGUGUAAUGAAAAGGAAACUGAGAACAGAUAUUCAUUACCCACUCACUAACUUGGAUCUCACUCCUUAUAUUUGUCCAAUUUUUCGGAAACAUCCUAAAUAUAAUCUCUGUGCAGUGGUGAACCACUUUGGUGACCUGGAUGGUGGCCACUACACUGCUUUCUGCAAGAACUCAGUGAGCCAAGCGUGGUUUAGCUUUGAUGACACACGAGUUAGUGAGAUUCCAGAUACUUCAGUGCAAACUGCUACAGCCUAUCUCCUGUUCUAUAGCUGCCAGCCCUUCUCUAUACCUAUACAGAAACGCAAGAGCUAGGAAAAUGAAGCUUCAUGAAAGUUACCAAACAAGCAAUGAGAAACUGGUACUUACAUUUUGCCUUGUCAUUAAACUCUUGCAACUUACUUGCAUCACUGAUAUCUUAGUCUUUCUGGCAUAUUAUACAACCACAUGUAAGUCUACAGCAAAGAACAUAGGUCCUGGCACAAUGGAAAAGGUAGCAUGAAAAUAACGCAAUGCAACAAAUUAGUUUACAAAGGUAUUUCAUAGGGUUAAACCAAAGUAAUUUUUGUUCAAGUGACUCUUUGAACUUAAGAAUGUGAUUUGAAAAUAUUUAAUUGAUCAGUAAUUUAGCCAAGAAACUGUAAGUCUCUCAGACUAAUUGCCAAAUAUGAAAAGUUGUUAACUUAACAAUUCAAAACUCAUCCUUUCAUCUUGUCCCUGGGAGUCUACUAAUGGUGACAUCUUUCAGAAGCACCUUUAGAGCCUUAUUUUUAUAUAGAGUGUUUUUAUUGACUUCGUGUAUAGCAGCUGAGUCCCUGAGGUGAAUGAUAAAUUCUAAGCUCCUCUAUCCCUUUUAAUACAUCACUCUGUAAAGAUGUGGUUCAUAAUGCAGUUCACUUUGCAAUCAUGCCUGACUCCUAUCCUUUUUGAUCUUAAUCCUGAGAAUUCUGCGACUCUUGAUAGAAUAGUCUGGGUAUUAUUAUUUCUUUCUUUGAUUUCCCCACUCAGAAUCCUAAGUGCUAUAUGCAAUUUGGGUCAAGUUGAAGAAAGAGUGGAAUCAAAUCCUGAUGCCACCAGGAUAAGUGAACUAAAUUUUAAGUCAAUGUAGUGGGAUAAAGUGUGUGCAAAAUCUAUACUUCUACUGUCCUAUAUUUGAUAACAUAAAAUUAAAGACAGAACACUUACAGGAUUUUAAAUUAUUUUUCUCAUUAAGUUUUUAAUGUAGGUGUAAAUGAAAAUUCUCAUUUUAAAAAAUUAAAAGAAAAGCUUCCAUUUAUUUUUUUAGAGUACAGAUUUAGUGCACAAAUACAGCCCAAAGCCAACAGAAAAAUAGCUUUGCCCUGUCAUUUCCCUAAGAAAGCGCUGCAGUUACUCAGAAUAGGUCAAAAGAAAAAAAACAAAACCAAAAAGCAAUACUCUGA